AUGAUUAGGGUGCCCUCCCGCUGGCCAUGCUCGUCAUCACCCGUCGCCCUUGUGCAAGUUAAUGACGACUUCGUGGCAAUAUGUGGCGUGGUUUCAUCAGAUGAAGAAUUAGCAUCGUGGGAGCUGGACUGUAGCAUAACAUUAAAUCGUCAGGUAGCCGAGAGGGUCACUGCACAGGAUUUCUCACCUGCGGGGACUCAUGAGGUAUGCUUCAUCGGUCCUUCAAAGCAAACUAAAAGACGAUUUGUGGAGGUUCCCGUCCAUCCAGGUGGCGGGGGUGACACUCUUCGAGUAUUGACGCCACUUAGCACGUAUGAGGCCAAAACAGUUUUGCUUGAGGGCCCUCGAGUAAGUACACCUGGUUUUAUGGAACGACUUUUUGCCUCGCUAGUUGGACGGUACGUAGUCGUUGAUUGUGACGUCAUGACACAAGAAGGAUUACAGUUUCGCGUAAAAGACGCUGAGCUGAAGAGAGGGUAUCGUGGCCUGGCGUUGGUGGGUUCAACAGCCCGUGUAAAACUGAAUCAGAGGUCUGCUAAAUAUUUUUGGCCAAGCGAUGUGCUCGUUGGAUUGGAGGAGCAGGCACAGGAGCUAAGAACAGUGAUGCAAGCCAUGCUACAGUCCCCAGGGCGUUGGCUAGGUGUUUCUCUUCAUGAUUCGUCCGGCUGCGAGGCCCUGACAGUUGUUCGCAAGUGCGUAGCUGACGCAAACGGAACGCUGGUGUGGUGGUCCCCAUCGUCUGUUUACGGUCAGGGAGGGGACUAUUGUGCAAGUCGACUCAUUGUGCUGUGUAUACCUGACAUGGAUGAGGUCUUCCCAUCUUCGGACAGUUCGUUGGCGGGUCUGACCGUGCGGCUGCUGCGAGGAAGCAUCGACAGUUUGUUGAAUAGCGGUUCUAGCGAGAAACCUGCCCUGGUGUUGGUCGGCAUCACUAAGAAUGAAAUCAUUGGAGUGGCAAACUCGCUCUUUGCCGCAAAGAUAUCGUUUGAAUUUCCUGACGUCGACAAGCGGGCUGUCCUUCUGGCACAUGUUCGCGGGGGCGAUAGGAUGGACCAUAUGAGUGAAGCGCACACGCUUGUUGGCCUUUCCCGCUCCGAAGUCCUGGACGCGGCGCGACGGCAACCCCGAUCUCGUGGCCCUCUCAAUAAAGUUUUGCGGUGGUCGGACAUUGGCGGUCUCGACGAUGUGAAGGAUCGCUUACACCGCGCUUUGAUCCUCCCUCAACUGGAGCCUGGGCUGUUUGCCCGUUUUGGUCUGACACCCCCUCGUGGGAUACUUUUGUACGGUCCACCGGGAUGCGCUAAAACGAGUUUAGUUAAAGCAUUGUGCUCGGAGGGAUGCUUCUCUUUUAUUUAUCUUGACUUCGCGGGGCUCAUCAGCGCAUAUGUUGGAGAAUCUGAACGGAUAUUGCGUGAUGCGUUUCACCGGGCAGCUCGCCAGGCACCAUGCAUUGUUUUUUUUGAUGAGGUCGAUGCUAUUGGUGGAAAGCGCGCGAUGAAUUCCCGCGACGGUGAUCAGGCACGGCUCCUUUCAACCCUCCUUACGGAGAUGGACGGGUUUUCUUCAUCUAACGGGGUAUGUUUUGUCGGUGCCACUAAUACACCACAUCAGAUUGAUGCUGCCCUGCUUCGUCCCGGUAGGUUCGACUAUCUCGUGUAUGUUCCGCUUCCGCCCCUGGGAGACCGGCGCAGGGUUCUAUCGCUUGUGCUUGGAAACACAACGGCGGAUCUCGACAAACUUGCCCGCGUCACCGAGGGCUUCAGCGGGGCUGAUCUCCCGGCGCUUGCAACGAGUGUCCUUCUGGAGUUGUUGGACGGCACCGAUGAGGGUAGCGCUUCGGAGUGCCUAAAUGACUCCGAGGCACUAACCCAACUUCUCGUCUCUCGAGCUGGGGAGUUCCACAAGACCUCAUACGAUGUUGCGGCGCUUGAGAGGUUUAACAGAGACUGCUCUUCCGACUCGGGAGCUGUAUGA